GGCCUGGAACCCAUGUCCAUGCGUCCAUGCACCCACGCACCCACGGAUUUGCUUCUCCCGCACACUUCCACCCUUCCCUGUCCUUCCAUACCCACCGCUGACACACCCCCUGUCGUCUGUCCUUCUGUCCCCCUUACUCCAGACGUGCGGCGCUCAAUUAGGCCCUGUUAGAAGCUGCUAAUGUCGGACACUUGCGACGUGGUCCUUUUUCAUUGUCGUCAUAUCACACGAGCAUUCGGCACUUGCCCGCCUAUUUCCUGAGAUGCCCAACUCUCCUUCUACCUGUCUGCAAACACUGUCAGAUCACAUUCACUGUCGACCAUCUUCUCUCACUCUUGCAGACCAUUGUCCUGGUUCAUGUCUCUCUCCUUUGCAUCUUUGCACAGUUCGAAGUCUGCCUCUGUCUGGAAGGUUCUAGCCUACGGCGAGUAACGGUCUAGCGAGACUCUUCACCACCAUUUCCUGCAUCCAACUUCCGCCACCAAUACUUCUAAAGAAUAAAGAUGCGGGUGGAAUUCUAUGAUUCCUUGACAGAUUAUACAAGUUGAGCUCCUUCCACCGGACCUAGCCAUGUCCGAUCGAGGGAGCAAUAAUUCAAGGCGAUCCUCUUCGCAGGCCUCUCACGCAUCCACCGACAUCAAGAAACCAAGAACUAUCCGCGGUGUCCCAAAACGCCAUGGCUCAAAAACCUCGAACCGAUCCGCUGAUUCUGAGGACCCAGCCCUAACCUCUUUUCCCUCCUUCUUUCCCGAACCUGAAACCAAACCGUCCACGGCAGCGGCAGCGGCAGCGGCAACAGCAACAGCAACAGAUGAGACCCUACCUAGGCCGACAAGAACGUUUUCGCAAAAGGCAAGGGAUAGGAAGACAACUCUUGCGGGCUUGACCAAUGCCUCGCCGUCUUUCAACAAACAAAAUGCUCUGUUUGACGACUCUCCUCGUUCUUCAACCGAUAUUCCUGGUUCCUUGCAUCUUGCAAGUGACGACCAUAUCGAAAGACUGGUGGCCCGGACUGGUGCUGUGAAACUAGUCCGUCAGUAUGCCUCAGACCUUGCCCAGAGAGAUGCAGAAAUCUCAGCACUCCGUAUACGAGCCGACAACCGUGAAAGAGAAAUGAAGAAACUCCUACGAGAAGCCAGUGUCUCAACGGCCGAUGUGGAAAAGAGACUGCUUCGAUUGGAACAAGCUUCGACCGUCCCAAACCCCUUCGGACAAUCUGAACCCACUAGUGCUGGCAAGCCCUCGACAUCUCUUGAUGGAAUGAUGAGUGAGGCCAUGGCCGACGAGAUCUUGUCCCAUAGCCCCGUGCAAGCAUUCCCCUCUCUUGAGUUUGGAGCAGAUCCUGGUGACCCCAAAUCCAUCGCUGCCUGGGAGUCGGGCUUUAACAGAAGUAGGACUGGAUCUCGAGAAAGCAAGACGGUCAAAGACAGCCGGACAGCGAGCAGGGCGAACAGCAUUCUUAGCGAGAGCAGUCAAGACUUGGACGCAACCCUACGACCACGUGUACCAAGUGGCAACGUUAACAAGGUCUCCGCCCUGCAGAGCAUCUUUUCCGCACCAUCGCAGUCAUCCAGCUACUUCAUUGGUGGGAAACCGAUCAAAAAGCCCAAGCUGGGUGAUGAAGCCAGUGUCCGUUCUAACCAAUCCAGUCGCUCUUUUGCCUCCUGGACACAGAUUUUUGGCGGCAAGCCAAACGGUCGUUCUCGAGCAUCAUCCUUGGGCCAAGAUGCCGCUGUCGCCUCGCCUGCUAGCGAGGCAGAAUCAUCCUUGGCCAAUGUGUCCAAAACACAGAUCAGCUCUUUGCAGGAUGGUAACAAGUCCAGUCAAUCACUACCCUCUAGCAACAAUUCAAAGCCUCGUCCGCCGCCUAGAAGAGCGCCCACUGCAAGCAGACUAUCUGCCAGUCCCAAUCAUGUGAGGAAAGAAUCGAAUGCCAGCAGCCUUCCGCCUACUGUCGAGCUGGACUCGAUGAUUGAAAGCUCCUUGUUGCCUCCCACCAUGACGAACCAGUACAAUGAUACCAGUGGCUUACUGACUGAUCGAUAUGGUUUUAUCUACGACCAGAAACAGAGGAAGCGUCAAGCAUUACAAGCACGGCACCACAAGAAGAACAAAAUGAGCGCAGCCGAGACCAUUGCAAGCUUUAGAAGUGGCGAGAGCCCUCAAUCAGAGGGGUUAGCGGAGCGGCCGUCAACACCUAUUUCAAUUGACGAGGACACAUCGAAGAAGUCAUGGCAAGACUACCUCAAGGUGUCUACUACAAUUCCAACUGGACGUCCGAGAGAACUCCUGUCACAUACGCCAUCGGCUGGGGCAGUGGUUACCGUGAGCACAGCUGAUGCGGCGGGCACGAUUACUCCCCCACGACGUGAAGGUCCAAUCUCGGUGUCCGGCCAGAAGGCGUUGCCCACCACCAGUCUGACUACCGAAACUCUGCCGUCCACAGUGAACACUGUGUCUGGUGACUUCACUCCUGAUUCAGAGACGGACACGACCAACGAUUUUGGACCUGCCAGGGUCCUCCUCGAGCAAUUGACUGAAUUGCACGACGCCUUGCAAACUGAUCGAGCGACGCGCUGGAAUGACUUUCUCCGCAGAGUUCGUGCCGAAAGAGCGAGUAGCGCGGCCGAGCGGUCUUCCAACAACGUGCCAGAGGCAGACGUUGUGAAUGGAGAACUCAUCGGCAUUGCAACCCUGGGCCGCUCCUCCAAAACCAAAAGCAAAUACUUGCACUUUAAGAGUUUAGUUCUGUCAGGCAUUCCUGUCUCAUUGCGCCCCAAGAUUUGGGGUGAAUGUUCCGGGGCAACUGCGUUGCGAAUUCCCGGCUAUUAUGAAGAUCUUGUUGCUCGUUCACAGGAUGAAACAGACAUUGAUCCUGUCAUUGCCAGCCAAAUCAAAGCCGAUGUUGGGCGUACCCUGACAGACAAUGUAUUUUUCCGACACGGGCCUGGAGUCCAGCGAUUGGAGGAAUUGUUGAGAGCAUACUCAUUGCACAACCCGCGAAUUGGCUAUUGUCAAGGGAUGAAUCUCAUCACGGCUUCAUUGUUGCUCAUUUGCGCGACCGCAGAAGACUGUUUCUGGUUGCUCGUGGCAAUUAUCGAUGUUAUCCUGCCCAGCCAAUACUUCAGCGCAACACUGCUUGUUGCGCGAGCUGACCAGGUUGUUCUUCGCCAAUACGUUGCAGAGGUGUUGCCGAAGCUGAGCGCAAAACUGGACGACUUGGGUGUCGAGCUGGAAGCAUGUGCCUUUCACUGGUUCCUAUCCUUGUACACUGGAGUCUUGACCGGUGGGGAAGCCUUGUAUCGGGUUUGGGAUGUGAUUCUCUGCCUUAACAGCUCUGACGCCAUGCCAUAUACAUUCACACCUUCAACGCGCACUCUGGGGGUCGACAUGUCCUCGCUCAACCUCAGCACUCCUUCAACUCCGAACACAUCCACUACACCGGAAAUUCAAAAAGAAGAGAACGAACACGACGGCACAAGCUCUUCAUUUCUUUUCCAGUUAGCGCUUGCUUUGCUGAAAUUGAAUGAGAAUCAGAUCUUGGCACUAGACUCGGCCGCACAGGUAUACACAUACAUCAAUCACAACAUGACCAAUCAUGCAAUCAGUAUCGAUGCGCUUGUCCACGCAAGCGAGGCAUUGAGAACCAAAGUCAAGAAAAGUGAGGUCUUGGAGAGGAGGAAAGCUGCAAUCAAAACACUUGGCGCUUGAUCAAAGUAGUGCAGUGGCCAUGGGAGAUGAGAGAGUAAAAUUGGAAUGCGAGUGUUGGAGCUUUCACCGAAGAAAGGAAAAUAUCUACGAAUUUGGACAGCAUUGAAAUGGAGACUGCAAGCAAUCGACUAUUGUUAUUCUAGCGAAGGCGCAAGCGAUAGGCAGGCCAGCAGGCACGCAGCACAGCCAGCAUUGCAUUGACAUGCACACGACGAGCCACCCAGUCAUCUUCUUUCGAUCAAAGAGGGUCUGAGGGAGAGCCGACUGGAAUAUUUUUUCGUUUGUUACUCAGGACUGGGGAAUUUUCUGGGAUUUGGGCGAAGCCACGUCAGGGAAGACAGACGAUAUAUUGAUACCCCAUUCAGUCAGGUCAGGUUAGGACCCAGGUUCACUCAGCGUUUUGCAUGAGGAAAAAGAUUGAGAAUUGAAGGAGCAGAACUUCUGAAUAAGAGAAACCAAGGAUUGAUGUCAUGGUUCUACGAUUCUUGCCAGAUCUACACAUCUUUUGCUUCUUGUCAUGAGUUUGUUGGCAUUUUGUCGUUGCUUUCCCUCUUUGUUUCCCUGGUCGACGAAUGAAUCUCCACUGAUGAGACGUAAUCCCGUAGAUCAGGCGACAAGGGGCGAACAGGAGGGAGACGGAGGGAAGAUGCGGAAGCGAAGAUAUCAAUCCAAC